GACAGGAGCCCCGCCAUCAUGGUCCCACAGGUGGUAGUUUUGUUGGCCGCCGCGGCUGUGGCGCACGCCGGCUACCUCUCAGCUCCUGCCCUCGCCACGACCUACGCUGCCCCCUCGAUCGCCGCCACCCCGCUGGCAUUCGCCCCCCCCGCCAUCCGCGCGGCGCCAGUCGCCAUCGCCGCUGCCGCCCCCGCCGUGGUCGCCGCGGAGUACGACCCGCACCCAGAGUACAGCUUCAGCUACAGCGUGAACGACGCCACCACUGGAGACUCCAAGGCCCAGCACGAGGCCCGCAGUGGUGACGUCGUCCAGGGCAGCUACAGCCUGGCCGAACCAGACGGCUCCAUCCGCACCGUCGACUACUCCGCCGAUCCCGUCAACGGCUUCAACGCCGUCGUGCACAAGGAAGCCGGCGCCCACCCCACUGUCGCUGCUGCCGCCCACGCCGUCGUGGCCGCCCCCUCGCUGGCCUACGGUGCCGGCCUAGGCUUCGGCUACGCCAGGGCUGCCUACGCCGCCCCCGCCAUCGCCGCCACCCCUGUAGCUGUACCCGCACUGGCGUACAGCGGCUACGGGUACGGCCGUCUGAUAUACGGCAAAGCCCUUCUGGGAUGAGUGCUUCUUCGCAUGUAUUAAAGUCAUUCCCUUACCAUUCAUUAACCUUAACCAUUCGGGUUGGCAUCCUGAUAUAAGUCUUGUACAAAAAGUGCUUGUUGUUAAUGUAUCGCUAAUU